GCCACCAGACGGCUGAGUGGAGAAAGUGCACCACACGUUUGCUCUCAGCCAGGCGGCUCUUUAGUGGAGCAGCCGCGCCAGAGGUGGGAAGAUGGAGUAGCCCAUUAUGUGUCUAAGCCGUCCUCCUUCAAGAUGUUCCCCGGAGUUUUCUAUGCACUGCUGGCGGGUUUCCUCGCGGCCGUGGCGUCGUCGUCGGCCAAGCUGUCACUGGGAGCGGACUACCUUAAGGGAGUGUGCGAGACGGGGCUCCGGACGUGGGGCGAGCAGCGGAGAUUUCGACAAGUGGACGAAACUACUGCCUGUGACCGGCUCCACAUCCCUUUGCGGCUGCUGUGUGGCGGGCUGCUUUUCACCUGCAAUGCUGUGAUGUGGACCUUCCUUGCCAAAGCACUCAGGUACUCCUCCUCCUCCACCCAAACCACUGUGACCACCACUGCCUCCAACUUCGUAUCUUCCGCUUUCCUGGGGCAGCUGAUUUUUGGCGAGGCCCAAAUAACACUGUGGUGGGUCGGGAUCUCCCUGACGUUCUCUGGCCUGCUCGUACUGCAGAGGGUUUCUCCACAGGAUCGACAACCCAACGCCGAUGCUAAGAGGGAUGAAUGAUUUGUCUCAUCGCCACUAAACUGCAUUCGGCCAGACUAGGUACUUCUCAUACUGUUAUGACAUACUGUAUGCUUUGGAUGGAUUCUAAUUUGGAUUUUCCAUCACACCAAAGAAAAAUCAUGUCAAUGUAGAUUGUUAUGUGUAUAUUUAUGAAAUGUGUCAUCGACAGGGAAACAGAAAAUAAAAAUGUGAUUUUGUCGCUGAAAAGAUAGAAUAGAAGUAAAGAUAGAUAGAAGUAAAUGUCCCCAUCUAGUCCAACUGUUGUCCUAACUGGUAUAGUUUUUGGUAGGCUGUACACGAUUUUUGGGGCCGAUCAGCGAGUUUAAAAAACCUAUCACCGAUCCGAUCACAAGAUGGAGCAAUGUGUCUAUUUAAAUGACCUGUUCAUUUACUGUAUAUACUUGUGUACUUCAUUGCUCAAAAAAUUCUAUUUACAAUAAAUAAUGUAUUUUUGUUCAUCUAUUUAUGCCAGUGAGGCAUAGUGACAGACAGAACAAAUGAAUGGUCUUCUAUUAGAUGGCAGGAAGUAAAUACAGUAACUAAUAUAUCCACUUUUUGUGACAUUUUUGUUUGUUGGUGUGGCGUGAGGUUUUUCAAUUGUAAAAUAUGUUUCUUGGCUCCAUAAAGGUUGUAAAACACUGGUCUAGUCAGGUCAUGUAUUCUAAUCAGUCAGGUCAAACCAACAUGACAGAAAUAAUGGGUGCUAACUUACUGUAAUUAAAUUACUUUAUUGUAAUUAAAUUACUUCACCCACACCGAAGCUUUAGAGCAUGAUUCAAAAGAACGACGGCAUGUUUACGCACAACCGUUAGUGCUAGCACUAGCUUGCUAGGCUACAUAACGUUUUGUUGCCUGCUUGCGAGCCGUAUCGUAUUAAAAGUACGGGAACAUACCUCAAGCAAGCCUUAAACAAACCUCCUCUCCUGAGCACCGGUGACCACCAACCAAUUUGUUCUUGUCUUUGUUCUUCUUCAGUCGGCGCAAUACACUCUUGUUUUCAUCACCACAGUAACGAGUGUAUCCGGUCGCAUUUGAGUUGACAAGAUAAAGCCCAGUGAUCGUAAAAAAUGGGAUGCGGUGGUAUCGGAAUACAAGAUUUUAUUGCAGUAGUCCAACAUUGUGCAAUCGUGAAAGAGCAAAUUUGUCUUGUAGUCUGAUCCCAGCAUUCCGUAUUGUCUGUCUCAGAUGUGUUGUCUGUCCCACACGGCCGACCUGUGUUUUGUUUUUUUAAAUAACUUUAUUGGCCGUCAGAUAUUUACAGUACUACGUCAAAAGACACGCGACAAGGCUAAAAAUAAAGUAGCUUUUGGAGUCAAAUAUACUGUACACGAUGGCGACGCGGAGUAAAUGUCUUUUGCGGAGCCAAUGAAUGACGUCAUUGAUCGGAUCGGCGAAUUAUGACAUUAAAGCCGAUCAGCAUAAAAUGUUAAAUAUCGGCCGAUACCAAUCAGGCUGAUCAGAUCGGUGUAAAGUCUAGUUUUUGGCGGUCUGUACAGCUAGCAGUUAGGCUAGCAGUAACAAGCUAAUAUGCUAGCUAACAAGCAAAGAAACAAUUUAGGGUUGAGAGGCACAUUUUUCUCAGUUUUUUGACAGAGUCUGAAUAUUUGUGUUCACCUUUUAAGGUUCUACUUUAGCUUCAUAUGGAAUUCUUCACCGACACACAGAAUUAACAUAAAUUAAAGGCAAUGAGAAGGAAUGGGAAACCUAAAAAGGUGUGGAAGCUAGCUUGUUAGCAAUUAGCGCAACUUUUAAGGAUUCAUCAAAUAAUGGAACAAUAUAGUAGUGUUGUAGCUCAUUACUACUUUAUUACUUACUAGCUGAGAAUAAGAUGAUGAAAUUUAUAUCACCAUCUAUGUUAAAAUAUAUUGACACCUCCAAAGAGAGUGGUAAAAAAAAGGCAUAAGAAGGGAAACAUGGAAACAGCUUGUCCAUGUUUUUUCAUGUGUGAAAAAUUUGUUAUAACAGCAAUUUGUUUUAUUUGUAUUUUUUGUAGCCAUAAUGUUAUCUUAGAGUUUUGUCACUGUGAGCUUGCCAGGCAAAAAGGACCAGUGAUUUAUCACACUUGUUAAUAAAUUGGAAAAAGUGCAGGUUUUAGCAUCAGACAAAACUCGGGAUCCAAGUGUUAUCCUGGUUCAUCAACACUGGCACAAUCUCACCAUUAAUUCAUAUUAAUUAUGUACAGCAACUAUUAGGUCACCAAAGUGUCUCUUUCAAAUAACUGACACUCACUGUAAACAUCUGUGCAUAAUGAAGGCGAUAGGUCUUAGCUGAAGAACUGAGCUCCUCUUUUCACAACGUAGCUGUGAAAGGCCUUGAACACUGACAUUUUUUUCUCUCCGUAUAAUACUAAAAUUAGAUUAUGGUGUACGUUGGGAUUUAGAGGCAGCUUUCCAUUUCUCAAGAUGUGAGCAUGUUCUGUUCGUCCUCAAUUCACAUUAAAGCAUGUGACUUCACUCUGUGAGCUACUAUGUUUAAUAAAACUGGACAAGUUGUCUUCUGUGGCCAAA